UUAAUUAAAUCUUUAAUAAUCAAUUAAUAUUAAUUCAUUAAUAUAUAUCAAUAAAUUUACAUAGCAAAUAAAUAAAUGAACGUUUUCAAGCUUAUUAGUAAAUUUUCUUCUUCAAAGAACCCUAAGGUUUUCUUUGAUAUGGCUAUAAAUGGUAAUCCUAGCGGAAGAAUGGUCUUUGAGCUUUAUGCUGAUGUUGUCCCAAAGACUGCUGAAAACUUCAGAAGACUUUGCAUCGGAGAUGCCAAGUCUGUUACUAGUGGUAAACCUUUGACCUAUAAAGGUAGUAUUUUCCAUAGAAUUAUUCCUAGAUUUAUGUGCUAGGGAGGUGAUAUUACUCACCAUAACGGAAUGGGUGGUGAAUCUAUUUAUGGAAGAAAAUUCCCUGAUGAAAACUUUAAAUUGAAUCACACUGGUCCUGGUAUUUUAUCUAUGGCUAAUUCUGGUCCUAACUCUAAUGGAUCAUAAUUCUUUAUCACAACAGUACCCUGUGAUUGGUUAGAUGGCAAGCAUGUAGUAUUCGGAAAGCUCAUUUAGGGUCAAGAAGUCCUCUCUCUCUGCGAAUAAUAAGGUAGAUCUAACGGAUAAACCAAAUCCGUUGUUACUGUUACUGAUUGCGGUGAAAUUUCUGCUGAAAAAUAAUAGUGA